AUGUCGAACCCCGUCAACGGCCCCGACGCCGACGCCCGCCGGCCCCCCUGGGGCCCCAACACCGGCUACCAGCUCCCCCGCUACGGCGAGCCCUACAUCCCCCACCCGGGCUGGACCUCCGCCUCCUACGGCUACCCCUACCAACCUUCCCAAUACUACUACCAACCCCCGGCCUCGCCCUACCCCGGCGCGACACCCUACUCCUGGUCCACCCCCUCCGCGGCCCCCGCCGGCGGCUACACAACCUACCCCCUCCAGCCCUCCGGCCAAGCCCACCCCUACGCGCGCACCACCACCUCCGGCCUCCCGGCGCUCGACCCGCGCAACCCAGCCGCGCACCUCUCCAACUCGACAGGCGGCACCGGCUGCGAGCCGGGGUACAACUACUUCUUUCCCGCCGCGCACACCAAGAUCCACGUGUUCCGGAGCACCACGCCGCCGUGGCAGCUGCCUGCCAACGCGCGCAUCCAGUUCGCGGCGUUCCACGUGCCCGUCAACACGCCCCUGGCGGAGCUGCUCAAGGGCUUUGGCGCGACGAACCCCGUGCCCAAGAAGAACAAGUGCUACGAGAUCGUGCAGGCGGGGAACGGGAAGUGGUACAAGGGUUUGUGCUUUGCCGGGGACGAUAAGGAUAUGAUGAAGAAGUGUUUGAAGGAUGUCGGGUGGGAUGGGACGAGGACGGGGCAGCCUGGGGGGAAGCCGGUUGUUUGUCUUUGGGUUGUGAAGGAUUAG